AAAAAUUUCAGAUCUCAUGAAAUGUGAAUGUGUUAGUGAAUGAGUUUUUUUUAUAAACUUUGAGUCUUUGGAAGGUCGCAAAAAGUGAAAAGUUGUGCUGAAUCUUCAGUGUUUCGUUUAUAUUCUCUUCUUUUUUAAGAAAUUAAGAUAAAUAUCACAAUAUGAGUGUCUUAAGUUUUGUUAAAAGAAGUGCUGGAAUUGCUUGUAGGACUGUGACAAUUCAACACAGAAAAUCUUUAAAUAAUAUUAGGUUAACAUCAAUUCGACUUUUUAGUUCCAAUGGAGAAUCGUUUGAAUAUGAUCUUGUUGUAAUUGGUGGUGGAUCUGGUGGCUUGGCUUGUGCUAAAGAAGCCGUACAGUUUGGCAAGAAAGUUGCUGUUCUUGACUUUGUUAAACCUUCACCGCAAGGAACGAAAUGGGGUUUGGGUGGCACUUGCGUCAAUGUCGGUUGUAUUCCUAAGAAACUUAUGCAUCAAGCAUCAUUACUAGGCGAAGCCAUUCAUGAUUCGCAAGCGUAUGGCUGGGAAUUCGAAAAUCCCCAGUCAGUGAAGAACAAUUGGUCAAAGCUCGUUGAAUCCGUACAAAACCAUAUCAAGUCGGUUAAUUGGGUGACUCGUGUUGACUUGCGUGAUAAAAAAGUCGAGUACAUCAAUGGACUUGGAUACUUUAAGGAUGUUCAUAAUGUUGUUGCCAUUCUAAAAAAUAAAACCGAACGUGUACUCAAUGCGAAACAUGUUGUGAUUGCUGUCGGUGGACGACCUCGUUUUCCUGACAUUCCAGGAGCCAUCGAGCAUGGAAUCUCCAGUGAUGAUAUUUUCUCAUUGGAUCGUGAACCAGGAAAGACGCUUGUUGUUGGUGCUGGAUACAUCGGCUUAGAAUGUGCAGGCUUCUUAAAAGGCUUGGGAUAUGACGCAACAAUUCUCGUUCGCUCAAUUGUGUUGCGUGGAUUUGAUCAACAAAUGGCGGAAGUUGUGAAGGCUUCAAUGGAAGAGAAAGGCGUUCAUAUAAAGAUGGGAACGAAGCCUAAAUCAAUUGAGAAGCUUGAAGAUGGAAGAUUACUUGUAAAAUAUGCGUUCAAUGACAAGCCAGACGAAGUCAUUACCGAUACUUUCAAUACUGUGCUCUUCGCUAUCGGACGAAAUGCACUCGUUGAAGAUCUGCAAUUGAAGAGUGCUGGCGUUGAAGUGAUUGAUGGAAAGAUUGAUGUCGAUAGAAAUUCGAAGACAAAUGUUGACAACAUUUAUGCUGUUGGUGAUGUUUUGUAUAAGAAGCCAGAACUUACCCCAGUUGCUAUUAAUGCUGGGCGUAUCAUCGCUCGUCAUCUCUUUAAUGAUUCUGAUGAAAUUAUGGAUUAUGAUGAUGUUGCAACAACUGUUUUCUCGCCAUUAGAAUACGGAUGUGUUGGAUUGUCUGAAGAAGUUGCAACUGAGCGAUAUGGAGCUGACAAUAUCGAAGUUUAUCAUGCUUAUUAUAAGCCAACUGAAUUCUUUGUACCACAACGUUCAGUUCGUUAUUGUUAUCUGAAAGCUGUUGCACUUCGCGAAGGUGAUCAACGUGUGGUUGGCUUGCACUUUAUUGGACCAGUUGCUGGUGAAAUCAUUCAAGGUUUUGCUGUUGCACUCAAAUCUGGAUUAACAAUGAAAGUUCUGAAGACAACAGUAGGCAUUCAUCCAACUGUUGCUGAAGAAUUUACAAGAUUAUUAAUUACAAAACGUUCUGGUUUGGAUCCAACACCAGCAACAUGUUGCAGUUAAAUUUCUUCUGUUCUUCGAAGAAACAGAACAUUCGGCAUCCUUAAAUUACUCCAGAUUCCUUAUUUCAACACCAUUUUUCUGAGUUUAAUACUUCGACCGCACUAGAACGUAAUUUCCAGUAUUUCUUCGAAGCCUCGCAUUAAAGACUCAAAUUGAAAUAUUUUUUGAAUCAUAAAUGCAGCAUUGGCUAAAGGAACAAUAAAUAAAAUUUUCAGAAAAACAUAAA